AUGUCUUCCACAUUUCAAAGACAAGAUUCGCAUUAUGAUGAUCGAAUUGAUCCUGAUAUACUACCGGAACAAUGGAUGGGUAGAAAAGAGCUUCGCAAGUGGAGAUCGGGCACACAUGAGAGCCAGUCACUCAGUCAUGGAAAGAAACUAGAUGCAACUGAGCAAAUCAGAGUCAUGCAGAAGCAGCAUGACCUCAAUAUCAAUGAAGUGGGGUUCAAGCAUGAAAUGCAAGAUAGAUCUCGUCGUCUUGAUCUCUCAAUUCAAGUCAAGGCUUUGAACCGUCAGCUGGAACACAGAUUCAAGUUAGCUCUUCUCAGUGCACAAAUGAUUAUCUUGACCUUUUCCUGUUUCGUGACUUUCUUCUACAUAAUGUCGCUUUGCAAAUCAGACUACUACUAUACGUCAUUAGUCUUUAUGUUGUUCAUCUUUCUGGGCACAGGCAAGCUUUAUCAUGACGGGCGAUUGUUACCAAGAAUGCCUAUGCCAUUACAACGUACCGAGAGCCAUGAAAUAGUGGAAUCUCAAUAG